UUGUUUAUACUUUUGUUUUUUCCUUCUACCCUCUCAAUACUCUCCUUUUUAAGCCUUCCCUUCUGUCUUCCGCCACUUUCACACAUAGAAUUCAUCGAUACUUUCUCCUUCUUCUUCUUCUAUCUCUGUACAUAAUAUGGGGUAUUUCUCAAAGUUUUUGAUCUCUAAAGAAGAGAAAUCAAGAAGAGUUUUAAGAGGUCUUAAGACCGUGUUCUUCUUGAUCAACAUGUUGAUUUCUUUGCUGCUUUUUUCUGCCCCGGUUUUGCUUGUUAUUGCUGAUACUCUUCUCCCUUCUGCCCUUCUUUCAGCUGCCAUUUCUCCUUCUUCUUUAUCUCUCGAAACCCUCUCUACCCGCUUCACUAACUACGAUUUUCGCUAUUCUCUCAUCGACAUACCUUUAAUCUCCAUCAUCCGAUCAGCCAUAAUCAUCUUUGUUUAUGGAUUGUGCGAUGGACCACGGCUUUCAAGAGGGCCGUAUCUGGGGAUUACAACGAUGUGUUCAGUGUUGUCUAUAAUUUUUGUUUCUUUAAAGGCUUCCUUCGUGUUUAGUGUUUCAAACAUGGAUCGAGAUGGGUAUUUUAGAGCCAUGGAAAUGGCUUUGUUCAUCUGUUCACUGGUUUUAGCCAUUGGGCAUAUCGUGGUGGCUUACAGAACGAGUUGCAGAGAAAGAAGAAAACUCCUAGUUUACAAAAUCGACAUCGAAGCUGUCUCAGCUGCAAAGAAUGGUAUUCCAAGGUAUCAGAAGAUUCUCAAGGAAGAAAGAGUUAAUUAAUCACUCAGUAUAUAUGAACAACUGAUUUCGACUUGGUUAUAAUCUUUUUGGCGUGUCACAGUCAGAGUCAAAUUUCAGAUUUAUCUGAAGGUAACUUGGGAUCAAGAACAAGUUAGCAGGCGGCUAAAUAUUAGUAAAAAACAGCAAAAAAAUUACAUUGUGCAGAAGUGGUGGGUUAUGUGUAUCAGUAGCAAAACUGCAGGGGAUGGAUUUAACAUUCAUCUGUAAUUAAUAUGUACAGAUUGUAUUUGCAUAGUGAAAGAUUAUAGAGUAUUAAACGAAAUGGCCGAAGGCCUUUUUGAUGAGUUCAA